AAAUAGCGAACUCUAAACCGCAGGCGUGAACGUGCGUGGACAUGCGACCUUCGUGAAACGGCGCCGUUGUAUAUCGGGACGCCCCGCGUCGGCGUCGCCGAGACGUUCACGAUAGAAGGCAGCACCACCAUCACAAGCAGUGGUGGCCAGGCAUUAUCAGCAACCGCCAUAUUGACUGAACUCUGGGUGGCCCACCACGGCACCGUGUCUCACAUUUUGAGACAUCCGCGAAGAAUUGUCUCAAAAUUCGCGUGUUAAUAAAACCUCUCCCCACUCAAAAAAAAAGAAAACAAAAAAAAACCACCAACCUCCCCUCAAAAAAAGGAAAACAAUCCCUCCCCCCUCCCCAAGUAAUUUCCAAAAAGAAAUCCUCAACACUCUUUUUUUAAAAAAAAUCUAGUGUCCAGUGCUCAAAUUUAAAAAAAAUCUGUUUUUUUUCAAAAUAGUGUAUUAAUUUUGUCUUUUUUCAAAAAGACAAAAAAAAAAACGAACAAAAAAAUGAAAAUUGGGGGAGGGGGGUUGUAAACAAGUGAAGUGUGAAAUUCACAAGAUGUGAGGUAAAAGUGUUAUUUUCGAUUCGGAAGUUUAAGAAAGAAAUUUUUAAUUUUAUUUUUUAAAAAAGGCGAGGGGAAAAAAAGGAAAGAUUUUUCGAAAAAAAAAGUGGGGUACAUGUCGUUGCGCUCGUGACCCCGGGAUUUCCUCGAAAGAGAAGCACCCUUCUAGCACGACGGCAGCGUCGCGACGUUGGUCUCCCUUCGUUCCGUGGUCGCCAAUCAAUAACGAGCAGUCUUGUCUCUCUCUCUCUCUUUCUCUCUUAUUCGGAAUUCUCUCUCUCUCUCUCUCUUCCUAUCCCUUUCCCUCUCACUUCCUCUCCUAUCUCUUUCUCUCUUAUCCCAUCUCUCAAACCAGGCUCUCACCACCGCAUCCACUACACUAGCACCCCGAGGCUGUGGAAUAAAAAACUGGACUUCCGGAAAAUUUUUAGUAACCUUUCAAAAAAAAAAUGUUCGUGUGACUAAAUUUCAAUAUUUGUGAAAAGAGAUAGAGAGAGAGAGAAGAGUAUUUGUGAUUAUAAUUAGGACAUGGACCAAUUAUGCGCAGGACUGGAAUUCAGAAUCUGAGGUUUGGAAUUUCAUCUUUGGGAAUUAUUGUUGACGAGCGGGUGUGCAGUGAAAAACGCGAGGUGGCGUAGUGUAAAAACGUGGGGUAGGCGUUGAGGGGGGUGAAAAGGGAGCAUGAGGGCUUCGGGCGAGGCCCGAUUAGGUGGUCCAGCAGGACCAGGCUGAGGAUCAUCAUCACCACCAUCACCUGAAAAAGAAGCUGCAGACAAAAUUUUGAUUAUAUUUCAUUGAGGAACCCUCACAUUAUUUUUCCAUUCGUGGGGGGCCUCAGUGUAUAUAGAUAUAUAGAAAUUAAAUACAGACGCACGCGGGCAGCGAGCUGGACUCGCUCCUAGCGCAUGGAACAUGAUAGAGAUGUCGAGUGGAAUUGGUGCAACUGCAAUGGGGAUUGGCGUUAGUCACGGCGCUGGUGAAGGUGUCACAGCUGGGGGAUGUCGUCUGAGGGCCCAAAGUCAAGCCUCAGGUUCGGUAGCGCAACAAUCGUCGCAGCAGCAGCAACAGUCGCAACUGCAGCAACAACAGGGAGGAGGACAGCAGCAAUCGCAACCUCAGCGUCAGGCUCAGGGAUUGAUGGCUCGCUCUAAGAAGGACAACUGUUGCCUUUGUUGGUGUUGCUGUUGCAGUUGCUCCAGGAAUGAAUGUUUGGCGGCAGUUGGCAGUGGAAAUGGAGCCGGUGGUGGUGAGCAGGGUAAAAAGAAAGCCAACAAUGGCGAUCAUGGAAUUUCCGGUGAUCCAAGUAGUACAAGUACGGGAAAUAAGCAUGAUGGAUUGGAUGGUAUUGACGUUGAUGGCGAGUACUGCAAUUUAGAUGAAAUUCGAUCGUGGGGUUCGUCAUUUGAUAAGCUUAUGAGGAGUUCAGGUGGUAGAAGACUCUUCCGUGAAUUUCUUCUCAGCGAAUAUAGCGAGGAAAAUAUCGCCUUUUGGCUCGCAUGCGAGCAGCUCAAACGCGAGACCAAUUCCGAGAGAAUCGAAGAAAAGGCCCGCUUAAUAUACGAGGACUACAUAUCGAUACUCUCCGCGAAGGAAGUGAGUUUGGAUUCGCGGGUGCGCGAAAUCGUGAACCGUAAUAUGGUGGAGCCAACGCCUCAAACGUUCGACGAGGCACAACUACAAAUUUACACUCUGAUGCAUCGUGACUCUUAUCCACGUUUCGUCAACAGUGAAAUUUACAGGCGAACAGCGAGACUCGGCAGCGGGCCACCCAGUCCAACGGGAACCGAGCAAGAACACACAAACGUCACCGGGAAGUCAAAGUCAAAAAAAUCGACGACGUAAUCUUGCUCGUCCAAGAGAGAAAAAGAAAUUUGAAAUCAAGGUGCUUGUGAUUAUCGUCGCUGCCGUCGCGUCGAUUCCGCACACGAAAUUGUUGGAGUCGUCUCGAAAAAUAAAAUAAAAAAAAAUAGGUUAACAAUGGUCUUCCAAGCGAAGCCACGGGGCCAUGAAAUAAAAUAAAAGAAAAACAAAUCACGUUAUGAAAAAAAGAAAUACUAAACACGCUGCGACUAAUAGUGAAAAUAUUUAUUAAAGAAAAUAAAUAUCCAAAUAAUUACGGACUUGGAAUUUAAAAUAAAAAAUUUAUCGAAAAAAGCGUUAGGAAAAACAAUUUGCAGUCCCGGGGAUAUGCGUCGUCAUAUUUAUUUUAUAUUCUAGAAUAUGAAAAUUGUCUGCGAUUAGAGAAAGGACGAGUUUCGUUUCUCGACCAAUUACAGUGAGCGUCACUCCCACUCCUCAGCGUUGGGAACCAAUCACAGUGAGCGUCACUCCCACUCCUUCGUCUCGGGAACCAAUCACAGCGAGCGUCACCCCCUCUCCUUUGCCUAGUGUACCAAUCACCACACGUCACCCCCACUCCUCCGUUCCACAGAACCAAUCACCGCAAAUCAUUUCUCACAUAUCCUCUCAAUUUGAAACGAAACUGGUUUUAUUCUUUAUUCGUUAAUAUUUCAACGCGUCAUUUUAUUUCCUAUUUUCCUUUGCGGAGAAGUUUGCAUGAGUCGACUAAGUUUCUGAUUAUAAAUAUCGAAAUAUGACCACUUUUUUUUAAGGUGGUGAUUUAAAAAAUAAUUCCUAGACAUGAAAUUAAAAAAAAAGAAGCUGAAGAUACCAAUGAUAAAUGUAGAUACUGUUUUUUCAAUCCUUGUUCACUUUUCUAUAAGGAUUUUUUAUGUGUAAAAAAAUUGUUAAAUCAGAAGGAAUUUCCUUGAACUGCUUAAAAUUUAGCAGUUGCUUUAAGUAAAAAUAAAUAUAUAGUAAAAAAAUGUACAAGGAAAGAGAAGGAAUUUUUACCCCUCUUUCUGUAUAAGCUAUAGAUUAUUUAUUUAUUAGUUUUAAUACCUAGUCGCUUUAUUCUAAAAAAUAGAAUAAUGUAAAAUAAUACAUUUUUUUCCAUGGAAAAAAAUCUAUUAAAGUAGUUAGCGAACUAGCGUCAAUAAUUCUUAUUCUGCGAUUAUACAGUGAAGAACGAUACGACGCUAGUUCUGCUUAUUUAUUAUUUCAAAAAAUUAAUUUAUUUAUUAUAUAAUUAGCAAUAAAAUUUUUCAAAUUUGAAAAUUUUAAGACACUUUGAGAUUAAAUAAUUAAAAUAAAGUUGAAAAUCUGCUACAAAUCUUUGUAUUUACAAUACAAUAAAAUAAGAAUGUAUUUGCGAUAAAAAAAUGUGUUCGAGCUAAUUAAUAAGUUACUGGAUAUUAAGCAAAAAAAAAAAACUGUGUACAGUUAGUCGAGUCGAUCGAACAGCUUUGUUGGUCUGAAAAAUUGACAAAAAGAAAAAUAUUCGUCAAAGAUUUUUUUUAAAACUGGUUAUAAACUGUAUUAAAAUUAAGCAGUUUAUUUUUCAUGAAAGUAAAAGUAUAUAAAAAAAUUAUUU